AUGUCGGAUCAAAAAGACGGGGUAGCUAAACUAGACCAACAGAAGGAGACUGAAAAUUCACACCCUGAAACUCAAACUGCAACAACAACGACAACAACAACAGCCACACAGACAACAUCAACAACUUCAAAUAAGAAACCAAAAUCAGAUGCAAAGGAUAAACCAAAAGCUUUCACUAUAAAAUAUAAACGUCCUAGAGGUUCACGUGCUUGUACCGUUUGUCGUUCAAGAAAAGUACGUUGUGAUGCAGAAAUCCAUAUUCCUUGUACAAAUUGCAUUACUUUUGGUUGUGAAUGUAUUUUACCAGAAGCAAAGAAAAGAGGCAAUCAAUCCGGUGAAUCAAAGGCAAAACGACAGAAAGUAAAUCAAUCAAAGGAUAAACCACUUUCGGCAACUGCCUUAAAAAAGAAAUCCUCAUCUAAUUCUACAAUAAACACACCAAUAAAUGAAAAUGGCAAUUCACUAGAGAAAUCAACCUCUCCUGUAUCGAACAACAAAUCUUCAGACAUGGCGACAACAAUGUCAUCAAAUAAUGAUACAUCUGAAAAUUCAAAUACUACGUCCACGGCGGAACCAAUAAUUAAUAUAUCACAAGUUAGUGUACCCCCUUCAUUGACAUCGACAUAUAAAAACAGACCUUCUAUGCAUAAAAAGGAACUACUUGAUUCAAAAGCCAAAACUGCAUUAACAUUUUUGGGUCUGUCAUCAAUUGGUGUUGUUCCUCAACGUGCAGGUGAAAAUCAUGUUGAAUUAACUACCGAUGUAUUUGAUACAAGUGAUACUAAAUUGGAUUCUGUUGAAUUAGAAAUUUUAAAAAUGAGAGGUGCAUUCUUAUUACCAAGCAAAGAAUUAUCCCUAGAAUUGAUUAAUGCUUAUUUUGAGCAUGUUCAUCCAUUGAUGCCAGUUAUUAACCGAUCGUUAUUUAUGAAGAAAUUUAAUGAUCCCAAUGAUAAUCCAAGUUUAAUGGUUCUUCAUGCCGUGUUGUUGUUGGGAUGUAGGGCAUCUAAAAAUCCAUUGUUGUUGGAUUCCAAAGGUACCAACGAUUUAGCCAGUAUAACAUUUUUCCGAAGAGCAAAAGCGUUAUAUGAAACAAAUUAUGAAAGUGAUCCGGUAUCAAUUAUUCAGACUGUAAUUUUAAUUGGUUCCUAUUGGGAUGGUCCUGAGGAUGUCACCAAGAAUUCUUUUUACUGGACUAGAGUUGCUGUGGGAUUAGCUCAAGGGUUUGGUUUUCAACGUGAUGUUAGUAAAUCACAUCAAUUGACUAUUUCAGAAAAGAAAAUAUGGAGAAGAAUUUGGUGGUGUUUAUUUGAAAAGGAUCGUAAUGUAGCUAUAGCAUUUGGAAGACCAGUUGUUAUUGAUUUAAAUGAUUGUGAUGUACCAAUGUUAACCGUGGAAGAUUUUGAUGAAACUGAUCCAGAAUUGGGAAUAGUUGACCCAUAUCCUAUUAAUGAAACCCAAGCCUUGUAUUUUAUUCAUUUAGUUAAAUUGGCAGAAAUAACUGGUAUUAUUAUCAAACAUCAAUAUAGCGUAAAAUCUGAAACCAUGAAGAGAAGAAAUGCAUUUUCCAUUAUUGAACAUUGUGAUAUGUUGAUGGGUAUUUGGUUUACAAACUUACCCUCAAAAUUGGUAUUUUCAUUGGCAGAUACCCUGACUCAUAAUUUUUAUGCCUGCUUAUUAAAUGCACAAUAUUAUAAUCGUUUAUAUUUGAUUCAUAGAUCAAAUUUGAUUAGAAUGGCUAGAUCAUCAUCAACAAACCCAAACAAUUAUAAAUAUCCAAGUUGGGGUAUUUCUUUCCAAUCAGCAAGAAUGAUUUCUAUAAUUUCAAAAAUAUUAUUGGAUAGAAAUUUGAUUCAAUAUGUUCCAGUCAUGUACGUUUACAUUGCAUUUAGUGCAUUGGUUAUGUUGAUUUAUCAUGUGGACUCGGAUAAUUCAGUUAUUGCUGCCACUGCAGCUGAUUCGUUAUAUGUUUCAAGAGCAGUAUUGAAAGAGCUUCUGAAAUAUUGGCCAGUUGCAGGCGUGUUGUUGAAAUUGUUUGAUAAAUAUGCUAACGAUAAAUUGAAGAGAACAAGAUUAAUUGAAAAUGGUAAUAUGAUUGUUGAAUACAAGGAGAAUGCAGCUAAAGAAAAGAUGAAACAAUCUAUUGGUGAAUACGAUAGUCAUAGCAGUUCCGCUACCAUGUCGAUUCCAAAUAGACAACAACAACAACAACAGGCAUCACCAUUGCCACAGAAUCGUCAGUCACAACAACCUUUACCGUUACCACAGACCGCAAAGAGUAAAGAUCAUACAAUGUUUUCGCCAACGUCAGCAACUUCUGGAAUAUCGCCAGGUGGAGGUGUUUACAAUGGUUAUCCAGAUCAAACACCAAUUAAGAGAGAUUUUUCACUGGCUUCAUCACACCCACACCCACAACAACAACAACAACAGCAAUCAGGUCAAUUAAAUCAAACUCAAAAUAAUAACCAAACACCACAGAUUGAAGAAUUAAUAAGACAAUAUAAAUUACCAAUGAAGCGUGCUGCAAAAGGUACUAAUGGGAAUAACAAUGUUGCUAGUGAUAGUAGUGAUAAACAAACUACUGAAACAUCUCCUGCUUCAUCUACAAAAUCAUUUCCAGAUAUAUCCAUGGUUACUGAAAAUUUACAAAAUAAACAGAAUUUCUUUGAAAAUUUCGAACCAACACAAUUAUUUCCUACAUUCAGUAUUCCACCAACAAGAGCACAAUCCCCAACACCACAUUUUGAAGAUGAUGGUAUUGGUAGUAAUGUUUAUAAUUCAAUGAAUUCAACCAUGAUGCUUAAAUCAGACAAACAACAGAAAAGUCAACCAUCCACAGAACAGCAACAGCAACUGCAGCAACUUCAGCAGCAACAACAACCAACUCAUAAUGGGAAUUCUAAUCAACUUGUUGCAGGGGAAUCACAUAAAGCCGAACAUGACAUUCUUGAUCCAAAUACACCAGCAUUUCAAACUAAUUUCAUUGAUAGUUCAUUUAAUUAUUUGAAUUUACAAUCAGGAAUGACUAUGGAUGAUGAUAUUCAUUCUUUAUUUAAUAUGAUGAAUCAAUAG